CACCCCCAUAAGCCAAAAGGGUUCAGUUUUUGACAGAAUCUAAAAGGAAUCGGAUCGCGUUUUUGGAAACUAAUCCCGGAGCACCAUCGAUUCGUGAUUUGCAUGUGCUUCUGUUAAUAUUAUUUAUUCGAACUUGUUUUGCGGUGAUUUAGUGAAGAUCAAAUGGAUGAGUUUGAGUGGGUUGCCGGUGUCGCUACCGUGGAUGAGUCUGGUCGCAGGAAAACUGAACGUGAGCGGCUAAACACGGUUACAGAGGAGUCGGCAAGUGAGAGCAACAUGGCCCAGCUGGCACAAAUAAAAACACCUUUGAUGGAACCGAUUCAAACAUCGCCCAAGUUGACACCGAAUGUGAGCUUCGCCUACCAGCCGGGAAGUCGUCGCCAUACGGGUCACAGCACGGACCUCGAAGAUCAACCAUCGCCAGAUGCAGGCGGAUCACGACGGCCAUCGCUGUUCAACGCUCUACCCAGGAUGUCAUUCAGCUCACACAAAAAGCAUCUGAUCGAGUUUCUGCAGCGGCACGGCAGUAAGCUCUCGUUGAACCACAAAGACGACAGCAAGAGUCUUCCUCCUGCGGUUAUGGACAUGCGGAACAAGAACCGAGCGGUGGCGGAAGAUCAUUUCAGCACAGCCAUAUCAGCGCUGUACGCCAAGCUGCUCAUAGUCCUAGGAAUCGCCUUCCCCAUCACAGAUGUCGUAUCCGAAAGUGCACCACACCAUUUCUACAGAGGCUUUUACCUGUAUCUGUACACGCUCAGCUUCGUCUUCGCGAUUUUCCUCUACGUCGUGCAAUUCCGCCACAACUCCAAGAUGAACUAUAUUUUGGGUCAAUACAGUGAACCCGGCGGAACCAUACCAGACAUGCUCAGGCCUAAAGAGCAUCGUCUAGGAUCGUUCUACCUGCGGGUGGGAGCGGUUGCCUUCGGAAUAGGUAACAUGGUCUACUCGGGCCUAGAGUUUGGUCAGUACUUUGAACUAAAACGCGAUGAAAGAUGUCAAAAUGUUCUAAUUGCAUUAAUUCCGGCCGCUCGGAUGGCUCUGUGCAUUGUGCAGAUGCAGUUUCUGUUCUUCACCAGCGUUUCGCAACGGCACAUGACCCGACACAAAUUCAUUUCCCGCUUCGGACUGAUGCACAUGCUGGCCACCAACCUGUGCGAAUGGCUGUACGUGAUUAUCGAAGAGGCCAAGCACGAGAUUGUACACAUCGCUCACGAGGGGAUAACGCACGAUGCGACUGCAGCACUGCUGACAGACAAUGGAUUCAAUACGGUCCCAAUCACUCUAAAUGCCACGCACCACCACUUGACAAAGCGCGAUACAUUGACCGCACCCACACUGCAUGGUUUCGAAUGCCACCGGACCAACAUAAUGGGGUCACUGGUACAGAAUGCAGCGCCGUUCCUAUUUCCGUGUACCAUCGAAUACUCGCUAAUUUGCGCCGUCAUUCUGUACGAGAUGUGGAAGAAGCUUCGGGAAACUGGUCGCGGUGGAAACGGUUCGCGUAAAAGCUCCCGGAAAAGCCUUACCGGGAAAAGCGCCAAUAUGCUCUCGAUUGACUGCUCCAACGCGCAGCGGGGAAUGUUCGGAGGCAUUCUGGUCAUAGUGCUCACCAUCAUCGUGCUCAUAAUGUACUUUGUUCUUCAAAAGGAGAAGUACUAUCAAAGGGUGGCUACCAUCGAGGUCACCAUCAGCGAAAUAAUCCUCUACACGAUAACCACUUUUGCCGUCGUAUGGGCCAUGUUCCAAAUGAGGGAUUUGAAAUUCUCUCAAAAGAAGGGAGAUGCUGGAAUCAGCCUGGAUUGCACACUUUUGGUGUUGGCGCAGAUUGGCAUCUACAUCUACUGCAUGUUCAGCAUAAUCGGCACAUUUUUCUCAAUUGGCAUCUCAGAGCAUGUCUCAGUCUAUUCGCUUAUAGCAGAAAUAGCGUCCCUCGUACAAACAUCCAUUCAAACCCUAUUUGUAAUGAAUGCGUGGUGGAGACGCUGCAAAGGUUCCAAACAGAACCGUUCGAAGCCGGGAAGAGAAAUAAUUACAUUUCUGCUGAUUUCCAACAUGUCCAUCUGGUUUAUCAACACGCUCAUUAAAACUAAUGCCAGCUUCCGGCCGUCCUUGAUGAAGUUCUACGGAGUCUGGGCCUGGACCAUCAUCACCCACAUUUCUAUGCCGCUGGCCAUAUUUUAUCGAUUUCACUCGACUAUAUGUCUUUUCGAAGUCUGGAAGAAUACAUACAAGGUUGAUUCACCGAUAACAGUGACACGAAUCACUUUGCAUCGAGCUUCAACAUAAGAACAUUCACCGAUUCUACGGAAUCUGAAUUGAGAUUACACGGAAGUGGUGACAAUUCACCAACAACCUAAAACCAUCAAGUCAAUCGUGUUGAGAGUGAUGGCAAUACUAGAAUCAUCCAAUGAUCCGAAGUGAUCUGGGAAACUCAGGCAUGAUCUGCAAAAUAGGCUACAUGUGGACGGUAAGCUACGUGAAGCAGAAAAAGACAAGACGAUCUACAAUUACGUUAGGUCUAUGAGGUGUUUGCAAGAAAUAAAAAUUUCAUGGAAACUAGGAAAUUCAUA